ACAAGCUAGCGAAUGCAUGACAAGCAUCGCCCUACGCCUCUCCUCUUCAGCCUGAAUUUUUAGGAUGAUUUGUUUAUGAUAUUCAUCUUAGGCAACAACGGCUUUCCGCCACUCAGACCCAGUGUGAGCCCUUUCAUCCUCGAUGAGCUAGCUCUCGUCCUGGAUCGCGUCAUCUCGCUCAGCGCCCUGCUCACCUGGACUGUUCCUCGACCUGGUAUAAGAUGUUCACCCUCGAUGCGACAUUCGUCACACAAUCUUCAUCCGUUUCAGCACAUCAGUUGUGAGCACCAUCGACCAUGAACUUCCAGUCCGUUCCUAUCCUCGACUACUCCCUCCUGUCCAACUCCGAGAGCCGCUCUAUCUUCAUUGAGCAACUUCGCCAUGCUUUGAUCAACGUUGGCUUCCUCUACCUCAAGAAUCCUCCGGUUACAGAUGAAACGUUCGACUCGCUCGUUGCCUACAUUCCCCGUGUCUUUGCCCUCCCCCAAGAAGCUAAAGAUGCUAUCGCAAUGACAAACUCACCUCACUUCCUUGGUUACUCGAAGUUGGGUGUUGAGCGCACCAAAGGCGCGUCCGAUCAGAGGGAACAGUUCGAUUUCGCUACUCCGCUCGAGAGCGAGUGGAAGGAGGGUGAUCCAGAGCACUUGAGAUUGUGGGGACCAUCACAGUGGCCGAAGGAGAACGAUGUCCCAGGUUUCAAGGACACAUUGAAUCUAUAUCUCACUCAGGUUGCCGACCUCAGCUACGAAUUCAUUGGCCUUGUCGCCGAGGCACUUGGGCUCCCUCGCGAUGGACUUGACCAGUUCUAUGAUGCUCAUGAGAAGAUGCAGCACCGCGCAAAGAUCGUGAAAUACCCGACCCUCGACGAGGUCUCCUCUGACCAGGGUGUAGGACCUCACUUCGACGGCGGGUUCCUCACCUUCCUGCUGCAAGCAUCAGACCACCCCGGUCUCCAAGUUCAGAAUCUUUCUGGCCAGUGGAUCGACGUCCCGCCCGUCCCUCACACAUUCGUCAUCAAUAUUGGAAAAGGUCUGGAAGGAGUGACUCAAGGCCUCGCUCGGGCUACGUCCCAUCGUGUCCUCUCGCCACCUCGGGGCGCCACUCCUAGAUACUCAGUUCCGUUCUUCCAAAAUAUAGGCCAGGAUCUUCGACUGAGCGAUAAGGUGUUGCAGUUCCCACCCGAGGUCCUUCAGCUGAGGGACUCACGAGGAGAUGUCGCCGCAACAGACUCGGUCAACUUCUCCGAAUACGAUCGCGAGCCAUCUGGGCUCGUCCAACUCAUUGGACGCGUCAAGAGCCAUCCCGACGUCGCACAGCGCCAUUAUCCAAAUCUCUUCCAUCGCUUCUUCCCACAAGGUCUACCUGCGCAGGGUGAGGCAUACUAGUAGACUACUCAUCGUCCUGUGCCGCAAGCAUGGAAGAGAUUCAUGAUCCAUGUUAAGUUUUCAUUUUCGCUGGGAUGUAUGUUUUUCCUUGUACUUUGUCUAUGUCUGUAUGUAUGUACGAAGUUAUGCAUGCCCGUCUACUU